UAGACCAGUUCCUCUCAUCUGCUAAAAAGUAAAAAUCAAAUGCCUUCAGCUCUCUGGCUACUUGAUAUUAAAGUCAGGAUUUCCUGUAUUUUCCUGCCUAGGUGCCUUAGUUAUUUUAGGGGUUAAAAGCUGUAGCCACUGAUGCGUAUAUAUUAGGCUGUAUUCAUAGAACACGGCUUGUAGCCUGACUCAAGCUAUUACAGUCUAACAACAGUGACCAAUAGAAAGAGAAGAAGAUCCAAGAAAGCUGAGGAGAACAGGAAGCAAACACAGUGGUUAGCAGCCAAAAGCUGUGAAUUUACAGUGAUUUCUAGCUGGCUUCAGAUAGCUCCAGGAAUUUGACUAACAAGGCAGAAAAUGAGUCUAAACAUCUGUACAAGCCUUUUGCUCUUAUUCUUCAUCAAUUCUGUGUGGACUCGAACCGUGAGACAAGUUUAUGAUGAGAUGGAUCCUGAACAUUGGUCUCACUACACUUCUGAGUGUCCACGAGAAUGCUUUUGUCCUCCUAGUUUCCCCAAUGCAUUAUACUGUGAUAACAAAGGACUUAAAGAAAUACCUGCAAUCCCAGCAAGAAUUUGGUACCUUUAUCUUCAAAACAAUCUAAUUGAAACCAUUUCAGAGAAGCCUUUUGUGAAUGCCACUCAUCUGAGGUGGAUAAAUCUGAACAAGAAUAAGAUCACCAACGCUGGAAUUGAGAGUGGUGCGCUGAGCAAGUUGAAAAGGCUGCUUUACUUAUUCCUUGAAGAUAACGAAUUGGAAGAGGUGCCUGCCCCAUUACCAGUGGGCCUGGAACAGCUCAGAUUGGCUAGAAACAAAAUCUCCAGAAUCCCAGAAGGAGUCUUCAGCAACUUGGAAAACCUUACCAUGUUAGAUCUGCACCAGAACAGUUUGUUGGACAGCGCUCUGCAAAGUGACACCUUCCAAGGACUCAACAAUCUUAUGCAACUCAACAUAGCAAAAAAUUCACUUAAGAAAAUGCCUUUAAGCAUUCCAGCUAACACACUGCAGCUGUUUUUGGACAACAACUCCAUUGAGGUGAUACCAGAAAACUACUUCAGUGCAAUACCCAAAGUGACUUUCCUUAGGCUGAACUACAAUAAAUUAUCUGAUGAUGGCAUUCCCCCAAAUGGGUUUAAUGUUUCAUCUAUUCUAGAUCUACAGUUGUCUCACAACCAGCUCACUAAAAUUCCACCGAUCAAUGCUCAUCUUGAGCACCUUCACCUUGAUCACAACAGAAUCAAAAGUGUCAAUGGCACUCAAAUAUGCCCAGUCUCAAUUGCUGUAGAAGAAGACUAUGGUUUUUAUGGCAACAUCCCUCGCCUCCGAUACCUUCGCCUGGAUGGAAAUGAAAUUCAACCUCCAAUCCCUUUGGACAUCAUGAUAUGUUUCCGACUACUUCAAGCUGUUGUCAUAUAAAGACAUUUCAGUGUCACUCGUGCUGUGAGAGUGUUAAGAGACAAGUUUUCCUGGAAUGAAACUUGUUUUCACUCAUAAAUCAAAAAGUAACAGCUUUAUUUUGACUAUUUUUUUCUUUGCUUGCAUCUUUUCUACAGUUGAAAAGAUUGUUCUUCUUGAACAAGAGAACAAGAAGAGAGUUUGGAUAGACAUUAAACAUGUGCUUAACACUUUACUUAAGAAUUCCUAAUGCAAAUAUAUUGAAAAUCAUCUGUGUAAGAUCCCAAAUAUUCCAAAGCAAACUCUUAUCUACUCCAUCUUUACUGUCAAAUGCUACAAUGUCUAUCUUGUUAACACCACUGUUACAGACAAAUUCUAUUUCACUAUUUUGUUACAUAGUAACUAACACAAUGACUUGGGGUGCACCCGGCUAAACAUACAUGCUAGAAAAAUCAUGAAUUAUAUGUUUACUAGUUGUCAGAACUGCCACUGUUUUUUUAAGAUAAUGACUAAUAAGGAACAACCAUUCAACAUGUAAACAGCUCUUAAAUUGUUCUCGUCCUUUGAAGACUGAUACUUCUAAGGCAUGAAGUAUAUGAGGUUCAGAGUCCAAAGCAAUAUAUUCAAUAUAUAUUGUUGUAUGGGUUCAUUCAGUGUAUGUUUUCAGAAUUGGAAUACACCGAUCCAACUCAAACCCAGGGACAAGGAAAAAUGAGAUGAAAUCUUGGUCUGUCAAGGUACCAAUUUUCUGCUGUUUCAUUCAUCAGUAUUCCAUUUCUAGUUUUGACACAGGUUUUUUUUUGUAGCUUUGGGAUAGUCAUUGAAUAUUUGGUUCAUAUUAGUUUCCAUAGAGAUAAAACCAAGAACAGUAAUGAUUAUAUACUUCACAGACUAGAUGCUUCACAAAAAAUUGAAUGGCUAGUUAACGUAAUGGUGAUAAAGAGAGAAUUAAGAAAUUAAUACAUACAUCCCCUCCCAGUUAUUUACCAAACUAAGCAAAUAUUUGCAUAGGAAUUGUAUCAGUUUAAGCAAAUGCAAUCAACUCAGAGCAGUAUUUAGCUAUCUGCUGACUCUUAUACACAUACAUAAUAACACCGGAUUUUAGAGAAGUCCAGGUAUUUAGAAUGCAGCACAUUCACAAUUCAUUAACAAGGGAGAUAUCAGCAGGCACCUUUUUAUGAAAUCUGGUUGUUGAACAUAAUAUUGGGAUUUCAAUACACAACUUGAAUAUUAGAGUCAACUGUUCACUGGGAGAGUAUGAAAUUUUAUGUCUGAUAGCCAGCCCAACAGACUAUUCAUCAGUUGUAUUAUUUUAGUCUUCUUGCAUUUGUAGAUAGAGGUAAUUAGUUGCUCUUUGGUAGCUUGCAUCUAUUCCUAACAUUUUAAGACUGGACUUAGUAAGAAGCAUUUAAAGGCUAUGCAAGUGGUGUGGUUGAAGCAUUUUCUUAAAAGUAGAUCUUUUAAAGGGCUGAGAACUGCAAUUUCUAACAUUCCAUCUCUUUUUAUCUGAAAAUCAGGCCCUAUUCUGCUCCAGUGCGCUUGUGGAAAUAACUUAGAAUAGACACCCAGCACAGAAAUAACCCAUUCAGAAAUCCCACCCCAAACCUUUUAUUUUUGCAGUUCUUUUUGUGUGAUUGCUGAGAAACUCCUGCCCUUCUAGCAAAAUAUUUUCUGUACCUCUGUGUUCAACCUAUAUGAAAAAACACAGAUUUUAAAAGUCUCUACAAUAUGUAUGCAUGUUUACCUAUGUUCUUUACUCAAUAAUAGCAUAAUAAUUUAUUUUUUGGAAAAAAGUUAUGUGACAAUA